AAGAAGAGAUUAGGGCGCACGAAUGGACUCCCCUGGAGUGCGGCUAGGGUUUUCCGCUUCUUCAUCCGCUCCUCCUCUCUGCUACCUAAACCCAACUUUUCUCCUCUCGCGAGAGGCCUCUUGCCGCCGAAUCUAGGGUUCCAUGGAGAUCGAACGCCGAAGUCCUUCUCAUAUCAGUUUCUAGGGUUUCCUCCAGCCCCUCCGACCGCGGCUCCCAGACGUCACCGCGGAGAUGGCCACCCAGAACCCCUUCGAUCUUCUCGGGGAUGACGACAACGAUGACCCCUCGCAACUGAUCGCAGCCCAGCAGCAGAAGAUCGCUGCCAAGAAGCCUACUGCCCCGGCCGCAGCCGCGCCCCCGGCGGCGGUGAAACUCCCGACCAAGCCCGUCCCUCCGUCUCAGGCCGUGAGGGAGGCUAGGAGCAGCACCGCACCUACACGCGGUGGAGCUGGCCGAGGUGGGCCUGGGCGUGGUAGAGGUGGGCGAGGAGGUGGGAUGGGCCCAAAUCGAGAUACUGGAAAUGGGAACGCCGAUGGAUUUUCAAAGGGCUAUGGUGGUGAAGGACGAGGAGGAGUACUUGGAGGUGAGGAACGUGACGCUGGCAGGCUUCCUGAGGGGGACCGUGGUCCGCGUCCGCCAUUUCGUGGAGGUCGCCGUGGCGGGUAUCGAAAUGGUGAGGCUGGAGGUGACUCUGAACGCCCCCCACGCAGGAUGUAUGAGCGACGCAGCGGUACAGGCCAUGGGUACGAGAUCAAACGUGAUGGAGCAGGGCGUGGCAACUGGGGAACUGCCACUGAUGACAUGAUUGCCCAGGCUACUGAUGAAAAUGUGACCGCUGAUGAUAAGGUCAUUGCUGCUGAGAAGCAGCAAGAGCAGGAGGAUGCUCCAUCUUCAGAGGCACGUAAGGAUAAGGAUGUCCAAGCAAAUGAAGAAGAAAAGGAACCUGAAGACAAAGAGAUGACUCUGGAGGAGUAUGAGAAGAUAAGGGAGGAGAAGCGAAAAGCACUACUUGCAUUGAAGACCGAAGAGAGAAAAGUUGAAAUUGAUAGGGAGUUGCAGUCCAUGCAACAGCUCUCGUUGAAGAAAGGAAAUGGUGAUGUAUUUGUCAAGCUGGGUUCUGAUAAGGAUAUGGCUAAAAAGAAAGAUGUUGCUGAUCGUGAUGAACGGGCUAAGAAGUCUGUGAACAUCAAUGAGUUUCUAAAACCGGCUGAAGGAGAAAGAUACUACAGUCCAGCUGGUCGUGGCCGUGGCAGGGGCCGGGCUGGUCGUGGACCAUUCAGAGGUGGGUUUAGCGGUGGGGGCACAAGUGUUCCAGCUGCUGCUCCUUCAAUUGAGGAUCCUGGACAGUUUCCCACUCUUGGGAAGUAGAGAGCUUGCUGCGUGAUAAAAUUGUGCCUAUCUGCGACUAUCUUUAUUUAAUCUGUUCUUAAUUUAGAUAUGUUGCUAGGAUCCAGUAAAAAUGUUGUUUCCUGUUCUCCUUUGUUUUCAGCUAUGUAUAUUUGAGUGAAAUUGGAAGUCAUCACAAAUAUGUCUGAUUAACUGUAGGACUUACCACUGCUUGCUAUGGCGCGCUAUUUAUAUCGAUUUUGGUCGUGCUUCUCCUUUUGCUA